AUGCUACACGCCGAAAGAAUAAAAAUUGAAAAGUUACAGAAAGUACGAAGGAUGAAAAACAAAGGAAAACGAAACAGAGAGAAACCAGUGAGAGAUUUAGAAAAGGAAUAUUCUAAGAAAAUGUGUGUUGAACAAACAGGAGAAGAAAAGAUAAAACUGGAAGAUACGGAUUACGAUAAUAAUAAGUAUUACGAGCAGAAGCCAAGGAUAUCUCCGUGUGGAUUUUUCUGGGACGGCAACCCUAAUUUAUCUCUCGAUAAGGAUAAAGAGUCAUCCAGCGAUAGUGAAGAUGAAGUAGAGGAAAAACCAAAACUGAGAAAUAAGAAAUUAGUAAGCCAAAGAGAAGAAGCUCUGGCCAACAACCAGUUACCAAAUUCUGUGGAUCAGUUCGACAGAUUAGUUUUAGCUAGUCCAGACAGUUCAAUAGUAUGGUUACAGUAUAUGGCAUACCAUUUACAGGCAACAGAAAUAGAGAAAGCAAGAGCAGUUGCGAGAAGAGCGGUAAAAACAAUUAAUUUCAGGGAAGAGAAGGAAAAAUCAAACGUUUGGACGGCUUGGUUAAAUUUAGAAUCUAAAUUUGGAAUUUCUGAAUCGUUACAUGAUGUUUUUCGAGAGGCAGUGACGUCUAACGACCCACUAAAAAUCUACAGUCACAUGUUGACUGUUCAUGUCGAGGCUGGUAGGCAGAUGGAAUUGGAGAAAACAAUCAAUACCAUGAUUGCGAAGUUUAAACAUAUUCCUGAGACAUGGUUUAACUGUGGAGAAGGAUUAUUAAAAAUAGGUUUGAAGGACAGAUCGCGGCAUAUUAUGCAGAGAGCAUUGCAAUCUUUGCCAGCAUGUGAACAUAUGUACAUAACAGAAAUAAAAUAUGUAAAUCUAAUUGCUCGGUUUGCAAUUAAGGAGAACAAAUUUGGGGAUAAAGAGAGAGCACAAACUCUGUUUGAGCAAAUUCUAAGUUCUUAUCCAAAACGGGUGGAUAUAUGGUCUUGUUAUAUUGAUUCCCUAGUGAAAUCUAAUGAUAUUGAUAUGGCAAGGAAAGUUCUAGAGAGAGCAGUUGUUCAAACAUUACCGCCUAGAAAGAUGAAGAUUCUCUUUAAAAAAUUCAUCAAUUUUGAAGAACAACAUGGUACUCGGGAAGACGUGACUCGUGUUCAACAAAUGGCUGUAGAAUAUGUAGAGAAGCAGUGUACAAGAUGACCAAAAAUAAUAAAACAUUUUUACAUGUAUUUCAUUA